AAACAAUAGAAUCGGCCGGAGGCAUCUGUUCAGAAUGCCAAAACCCUAACAAUGGUGAUGCCACCACCGGCAGAAGCAGAGCUGCUGCAAACCCUAACGAAAAUCUUAACUUCUUCCGAUGCACCCAUUGAUUCCAUUUCCCCUUACAUCUCACGCUUAUCCCCUUCCCUGAUCAAGUCCCUCAUCUCCUCCCCAUCCCUUUCCCGCCGCCCCUACACCCUCCUUUCCCUACACAAGCUCUCCCUCUCCCUCUUCCCCUCCCUUUCCUCAUGCUCCUCACUCCUCCUCUCCCUCCUCCCUCCCCUUGUCCACCACAAGAAGCUCUCCGCUGCCAAAUCUCUCAUCAUCUCUUUUAUCUCCUCCGAUGUCCAGAAUAAAUUCUUACCUUCUCUCCUCCAUUUUCCCAAGCCUUCCAAACCCAUCCUCGAAAUCUCCCUCGCCGCCUACCUCCACUGCAAGAAGCCGCACUUCGCAUUGCAGAUUUUCAAUAAAAUGAAGAGACUCAAUAAGCCACCGAAUGUUAUCACCUGCAACUCACUUAUCAACGCCCUCGUUAAGUUCCCUUCCUCUCACUCCAUCCGUGAAGGUAAGGAGGUGUUUGAUCAUGCAGUUAAGCUCGGGGUUGUACCCAAUACGAAUACUUUUAAUAUCUUGAUUCAUGGGUGUUGCUUAGAGGGAAAUUUUCAGGAGGCUAUAGGGAGUAUCAGGAAAAUGAAGGAGUUUGGAUGUAGUCCUGAUAAUGUGACUUAUAAUACAAUUCUUGAUGCCUUGUGCAAGAAGGGUAGAUUGAAUGAGGCAAGGGAUCUGUUGAAGGAUAUGAAGGAGAGUGGAUUGCUUCCUAAUAGAAAUACCUAUAAUAUUCUUGUAGCAGGGUAUUGUAAGAUGGGGUGGGUAAAGGAUGCUGUGAAAGUGAUGGAAUUGAUGACACGGAAUAAGGUGUCGCCAGAUGUUUGGACUUAUAAUAUGGUGAUGAAUGCAUUAUGCAAUGAGGGAAAUAUUGAUGAGGCGUUUGGGUUGAAGAAUGAUAUGGAGAAUUUGCAGCUGUCCCCAGAUGUUGUUAGUUAUAAUACAUUGAUUAAUGGGUACUUUGAGUGCGGGAGUAGUGAGGAGGCUUUUAAGUUAAUCAAGGAAAUGGGCAAGAAAGGAUUGGAGGUGAAUGCAGUUACUAAUAACAUAGUUGUUAAGUGGUAUUGCAAACAAGGGAAGAUGGAUGAGGCUGGUAAAAGGAUCCAGUUGAUGGAGCAGAGUGGAUUUUCUCCAGAUAAAGUCACUUACAAUACUUUGAUUCAUGGGUAUUGUAAGGCAGGGAAGCUAGCUGAAGCUUUCAGGAUGAUGGAUGAGAUGGGUAGGAAAGGUUUGAAGAUGGAUACUAUUACUCUUAAUACUUACCUCCACACUCUUUGCAGUGAGAGGAAGCUUGAGGAGGCGUAUGAUAUGCUCUUCAAUGCCUGCAAGAGAGGUUAUUUGCUUGAUGAGGUGAGUUAUGGCACUUUGAUUAUGGGAUAUUUCAAGAAUGAAAAGCCAGACAAAGCUUUGAAUCUAUGGAGUGAGAUGACAAAGAAACAGAUCAUUCCUAGUAUCAGUACCUAUAAUACUCUAAUUAGUGGGCUUUGCCACUUGGGAAAAACUGAGCUAGCUAUAGACAAGUUGAAUGAGCUUCUUGAGAGUGGCCUGAUCCCUGAUGAAACUACGUACAAUACAAUUAUUCAUGGGUACUGCAAGGAGGGGGACGUUGAGAAAGCAUUUCAGUUUCAUAACAAAAUGGUUGAAAACUCAUUUAAGCCAGAUGUGGUUACACGCAACAUUCUUCUUCACGGGCUUUGUGCAGAGGGUAAGCUGGAAAAGGCCCUCAAACUCUUUGAGACUUGGACUUCAAAAGGGAAAGCCAUUGAUGUAGUGACUUACAACACAAUGAUAUCAAGCUUAUGCAAGGAAAAGAGAUUUCAGGAAGCAUUUGAUCUGCUCUCAGAAAUUGAAGAAAAGAAUUUAGUGCCUGAUCGCUAUUCGUAUAAUUCCAUUCUCAGUGCACUUAUGUAUGCUGGAAAAGUAAGUGAAGCAGAAGAGUUCAUUUCAAAAUUAGUUGAAACUAGAAAGUUAGAGCAUCACUCCCUCCAGUUGGAGGAGAAAGAUGUGGAGUCUAGUAAGACUGACAAGGAAUGUGAUCAAUAUUCCGUUGCUUACUCAGAACAGAUCAAUGAGCUAUGCAGUCAGGGAAGAUACAAAGAUGCAAUGCAAAUUUUUCAAGAAUCAACUCAGAAGGGUGUUAAUUUAAAUAAAUCCACUUACAUUACUCUAAUGGAUGGACUCAUGAAGAGGCGGAAAAGCACAUCAAAAAGGCCAAAGUAGUUAAUCUUUGAUGUACCAUUCUCAUAUGGCAAACACAGCUAGCAAGACCUCCAUUAUUUGACAUAAAUUCAGCAUACCUGUUUCUUAGGACUCAGAUGCAAGAAGAAGCCAGUUAUGCAACUAACUGGUGGUUGACUUGAGCAGCUAAAUUGAAAUCAUCAAAAGUGGGCAUUGAGGUUUUCACGCCAGCACCUACUUGAUUAACAAUAUACCCUAAUUGUAUCCUAGGCCAGUUGUGCAAUUGGAGCACAAAAAGGUAUAUAUAAAAUCUCCACUCCAAAGAUUUUUAGUAUAUUUUAGCCAAAAAGAGACGAGAGUCAAGAUGAUGAGUACUUUCAUGGCGAGGCAAGAGGGACGAUAACCUUGGUAUGGGGAUCAGAAUCAUCAGGUCUAUCAGGAAGUGCCCUGUUCGGCAUUGACAAUAAAUGUGCAGUCCAUUACAAUUUUGAUGGUUCUACAACGUCAAAGAAAUGUGAAUAUAAGAACUUCACGUUCACGGCAUUGAGAUUUUUAUUUUUGUAAUGUAGAUAUUGAUUUUUGUAAGCUAAUUUAUUUUCUCGAUUUUGAGAUAUUGCAGCCAUAAAGUAUAGACAAUAGUGGCUGAUUUCUUCAUUUUCUUUUGCUCCUAAAUUGUAAUACAAAUGAAAAUGCCUUCUUCUGCCCUCUACAACUCUUCAAUGAAGUAAUAAAUAAAUAGAUAUUAUUUGA